AUGAAAACCGUCGUUGGCAUCGUAAUUGCGUCCUUCGUCUCAAUAAUGGCGGCGUCGCAAAAUCAAGAGGCCGAGUUCAACCCUGUUGUGACUGCUGUUUGCCACAAGGGCAUGAUGACAAUCUCAGUGGAAACGGAAUUCUCUUUUCAUGGGGUUGUUCACGCCAAGUAUUACAGGAGGCCGGAAUGCUCCGUUAAUGGCGUUGGGACCAGGAACACGUCCAUUAUCAUCGACCUGCUGGCCGAGCCCGGGAGGCCUAAUUACUGCGGCAUCAAUUUCAACAAUGUGACUGAAGAAAGAUCGGUCCCAAUUGCGGUCAGAACCCACAAAACCCUGGAGUUGGCAGACGACAAAAACGAGACGUCGUUGGUAACGUUGAAGCUGAUAUCGGACGGAACCAGAGUUCGUCACACAAUUUACGGCCAACCUUACGUGCUGCAAGCCGAUCUCUCCAAACCCGACGGAUUUCAUUCAAUCCUGGUGAAGAACUGCUUCAGCUUCAGCUCCACCAAUGAGUCCGUGCGUUUGACGCGGGAAGACGGAUGUUCCGAGCGACCGGACAUCAUUUCCGAGUUUACUUACAAUUACACCACGGGGACCGGAAGGGCUGAAAUUCUCGAGAUGUUCCGGUUUCCGUCCAGUGCGGAAGUGCACUUUCAGUGCGACAUCUUGUUGUGUCGUGGCCGGUGUUUCGCGCCGAUUUGUCCGGGCGGCGGUGGCGUGCCAGUGGCGCCGCAGUAUCCGCCGUGGACAAACGAUUUCGACGCUGAUGACUACGGGUCGGAGAAUGUCUUGAUGGCGUCCACGACUGUUUUCGUGCACCAGCCUGGAGAAAGAUUCGCUGUGGCUGGUUUUGAGAGUGUGAGGAGUGGAUUUUCCUUGCGGAUUCUGUGCAUUGUUUUGGCAACAUUGCUGGUUGUAAUGAUAGUAGUGAAUGUCUUUUUAUGCUUCGCCAUGUCCUGUUCAUGCACCAGGACGGACAUCUCUGAGAAAGAACCCUCCAUCAUGGAAGACUAUGAUCCCUAUAGGGACCCUUACAAAGUUGCAUGGAAUGGAUCCCAAUAUGGCUCCAGGUAUUCUUUGAACAUGAAGAACCAUCAUCAUGGCUACACGUCUGCAGGCUCAACCAUGAACUCCGUCAGGUCCUCAUCCACCAACAGUGACCUUUAUGCAAUUAUUCACUCACGUCCAGGAAGCAGGUUUUCUGGAUUGAAGCACGUCAAGGCCAGCCAUAUCAGGGAAACCCAGUAUACACAUUAGGACCCAGCAUGCGGAACAACUGCUGAUGGAUCUAAAAAUAGCGAGGGAAUAUCUUCUGCGUGCCACUAUAUUUGUUCAAUAAAAAAUAAUUCGGAACCCAAGAACUAUUAAUAUUUGAUGCGACUUUACGAAUAUUUUUUUAAACCGAUUUUCGCGCUCAUUUUGCGGCUUUUGCAGUGCUGCUUGAGAAUGUGAUAGACCUGGCGCUUGACGAGCGGUGAGAAUGUUUCACUCGAAGGUCGCGAUUGGCUGUGUUCAGAUGUCGCUUCCUCUCUUUAUGAGAAUAAGCCCGUCAUUGAAUUUCUUGCGGUUAUCGGAUAAGAAUAAGAAUAAUAAUAAGGAACACAAAGUGAACAUGUUUUUAUAUGGGGAUUGCGUCUCUUCUGUGUUUCGAACUUAUAAAUACUGUAACUCGUGAUCAAAUUACAUUUACAGUUCUACUUUCUUAUUUGAUUCGCAUGUUGAACGCUGCGUUAUUGAAAGGAUGAAAGUAGUGGAAGCAUUUUUCUGUACAGAACAGUAUACUGACAGCCGAAAUUUCGGUUGCUUGAUUUGAAAUGAAAUACAG